GGAUAGAGCCAUGCCGUCCACCUUCCUUACCUUAGCAAGAUCCAUUCAGCCGUUGCCAUCCAACUUCAAUCAUAAUCCGCGAGAGUCAAUCACCCACCUCUUUCCCACCUCCCUCCUGCCAAAUUUUGUGAUAUCGACGACUAACGAGCAAACUCUACAAUAUCUCUAUUAAUUGGAAUAUUAGUCACUUAUUGUUUUGGGUUUUUUGUUUUCUCUCACCCAUUCAUCACCGAGAGAACCCGUCGAAUCGAAAUCGAAGCGCUUGAAUCUCACGAUCACUACUCCAAAAAACGAUUGCCCAUUUAUUCUUUUCUCAACUGCCACAUUAGUCUGUUCAACAUCGUCUUUCACAGAAGAGCAUGCGCUAGAAACAAAAUUGCGAACCCCGAGGGGACUCACAGGAGAUUCUCACUUGAUCACUCCAUUAUCUACUACUUCAUAUUCCAUCACCUAGCACGCUGUUUUUGCUUCUCUCGUCUCCUUGUGACGAAACCGUCACCAAAUUAGAAACAGACCCCAGAACAAACCGGCUUUGCGCCACUCACCAAUUCACUUUUCAGAAUCUACCCAUAUUAUCCCUUGCCAGAUAAUCUAGCCUUUGCGAUCACUACCUGAACACUAAGUGAAGAGAACGAAAAAUGACGUUAGAGUCUGAUCCAGUGUCUACGACACUGUCAUCUCUAAAACGACAAGCGCACGAUUCGACUAGUCCUUCCAUCCGAACACCAUCAAGAAUAGCCACCCCUCCUCCACCAUCCGAUCGAGGGACACUUCAGGUGAUGAAUAAUGGAGAUGGAGGGAAGCUAAAAAGUGCUCGUCAUAGUGGCCGAGGAUCAAGUAUCGGUGGUAUUGAUCCUGAGAAUUUGACACGAGCCCUUUCCAGAGAGCUUUCCGGAGAGAGACGAGAUAGCACAUCUGGUGCUAGUCCGAGCAGAAAGAGGCAACGAAUAAAUGCUGACAGAUUCAUUCCUUCCCGCUCGGGCCAAGAUCUUCAGGCUAGCUUCAGCCUCUUGCAUGAAGAAGGUUCCCCAGCAACGCCCUCUAGGCAAAAGAAGCGUACGCCGCACGGCGAGCUUCACUUCCAGAAGACGGAAGAGGCGAACCGAAUAUUCUCGACGGUUUUAAGAGCAGAGCUCUUUGAAAACACGAUACCACAGGCGGCUCCUCAAGCGUUGUCACCAGACAGCAACUUGCCGGGCUCGUCACAUUCAACACACGUUCACGAUGGCACGAGAUCCCACACACCGCCAAGCAACCCCCCUCCUUCCUUGCCUUCCACCUUCACACCAUCGACACCACACAAGAACCUCUUUUCUUAUAUGUCUCCCCGACAUCAUUCUAACAUCGCUGGCCACCCGACGCCAAACCGCACCCCGCAGAGCAGACACGGCCCCAAUCUAGAUAUCCGAUCAGAGAUAUACAGCAUAUCUCCAGUUCGCUUUGGAAGCCAACAAAUGCUUCUGAGUCCGAGACGUCAGCCACGUGCGGUCAGCAAAGUACCUUAUAAGGUCUUGGAUGCGCCGGAGCUUGCAGAUGAUUUCUACCUGAACUUGGUCGAUUGGGGUAGUGCUAACGUUUUAGGUGUUGGCCUGGGAUCAAGUGUCUAUAUGUGGAAUGCACAAACGAGUCGGGUCAACAAGCUUUGCACACUCGAGGAUGACACUGUAACGAGUGUGUCCUGGAUCCAAAAAGGCACACACAUCGCCAUUGGCACCGGCAAAGGGUUAGUUCAGAUCUGGGAUGCCGAAAAGACUAGGCGUUUAAGAACGAUGACGGGACAUACCGCACGUGUAGGAUCUAUGGCCUGGAACACCCACAUCCUCACAUCAGGAUCGCGAGAUCGGCUAAUUUACCAUCGUGACGUGAGAGCCCCGGACCAAUGGAUGCGAAAGCUUAUGGGUCAUAAGCAGGAGGUGUGCGGCUUGAAGUGGAACUGCGAAGAUGGCCAACUAGCAAGUGGAGGAAACGAUAAUAAGCUUAUGGUUUGGGAUAAGCUGUCCGAAACUCCUCUCUGGAAAUUCUCCGAUCACACCGCUGCGGUUAAGGCAAUUGCCUGGUCGCCUCAUCAGCGUGGUCUUCUUGCGUCGGGUGGCGGCACGGCCGAUCGAAGAAUAAUAUUCCACGAUACAGUACGUGGAUCGGUCAUCAACGAAGUCGAUACCGGAAGCCAAGUGUGCAACAUUUCGUGGUCCAAAAAUUCGAACGAGAUCGUCUCAACCCAUGGCUACAGCCAGAACCAGAUCGUCGUAUGGAAGUAUCCCGCCAUGACCCAGGUGGUCAGUCUCACCGGACACACGUACCGAGUCCUGUAUUUGGCAAUGAGUCCAGACGGACGAACUAUUGUGACAGGAGCCGGUGACGAGACUUUGCGAUUCUGGACCGUGUUCGGACGUCGGCCGGGUCAGAGAGAGGACAGUGACGGCGGCGGAGGGCGACUGAGUGACUGGGGCGUGAUACGCUGAGGAUUCCAGUUCCUCCGCCAUGCAUGCGUACGAUAGGAUGGUAAACCCCACGUUUGCCAUACCCAUCUUCGUACUUAAAAUUUCCGGCAUUUUCAAGGGAGUCACCUUUACAGUUGGGUUGCAUCCACGGGCGUUAUCGUUUUCACGAACUUUACAUUUACGAACCUACGUGGAGGAGGGAAGGGCUGGAUUCUCGGUUGCUCAGUUACUAACCGCGUCAGGAGGUUGACUAGCUAACUAAUUUGCAUUCGACCACCUUUAUGAUAAUGGUGGUGAUGGUGGGGCGGCGGCGGCGGCGGCGGCGACGGACAAUCCUGUUAUCUAUGGGCAGCAAGGCGUUGAGGGAAGUGGGAGGCAGGCUCCUUACGGAUAGGAACCCAUUAGUAGGAUCAAUUGAGGAACAUGAUGAUAAAAUCCAUUCGGCUCGGUAGCAUCAUCGUAGGUAUUGUUACGAGCGUUGUAGGCUAAAAAGCGUAGUAAAAGGUCCCAAAACUAGCUGUUCGUAGCUACGCGUGUGAUUUGAUAUACCUAAUACGAGGUCUGUCAAUCUGUGACGAGCUUCGCAUAUUCAUCAAUUCCCGAUGCCCCCUUUCGAAGUAUUACGUGGACGGG